AUGGCGGCGGGCGCCUCGGACCCCCUGGAAGAGAUGCUGCUCUUCUCCGAAGAGGUGGAUGAGAAGGCGGUCAGCGACCUGGUGGGCUCCCUGGAAUCACAGCUGGCCGGCGGGAGGGGCUCCGCCGAGGGCCCCCCCCCUAACAGCAGCCCCCCAUCCCACCAGCAGCAUGAGCACCAGGGGAGCCUGGUGGAAGGCGGCAGCCCAGUUCAGCAACAGCAGCAAGGGCAUCCUGCUCCUCCUCAUUUCCCCGGGGCAGGGGAGACCGCCAGGUGUCCAAGUGCCGUGGGCAGCCCACCCCCAGCCCAGGGGGCACCCCCAGCCUUGUCCCUCCCAGCGGCGGCGGCCGGGAGGGGAGCGAGUGUAAACAGUAGUAGCAUGCAGCAAUCACAUGGAGCAGCUCCUUGCAGCAGCAACCCGAGUGCACCUGCUGCCCCUGUCCCACUGCAAUCCGCUGCCCCACCUCCGCCUGUUGGCGCCCCAGCCCAGCCUGUCAACAACCACGUGGAUGCCAAUGCCGCUGCUCCCGCUGUUGGCAGUGGUGCCCGGGAAGUGGAGAGUCCCAGACAUGGGUGUAGUCCUCCUGCAGCAGCCGCUGGUGCGGUGAACAGUGUGUUGCUGCUUAACUCCGAGGCCGCCACUGCUGGAGGGUCGCCUGAGGCUGCCGGUGCUGUCACUCCAGUAGCAGCAGCCGCAGCAAGUCGGGAACUUGCAAAGGCGGUAAUGCUGAGUAGUACAGCUGCUGCUACUGCUCCUCCUCCUGCUCUCUCUCUUCUCCAGAGACCUGCACUGCAUACUGUUCCUCCCGCGGCACACAGUGGGAAUGGCACUUCCUCCAGCGCUCCUGUGGUUGUCACUCAGAGUCUAAAGGCUGGUUGUGCCCCAGCAGCAAUAACACAAGUUGUCAACCAUCAGAAUCCGGCUGUCAGCCACAGCAAACCAGACUCCUCCACAGCACAGAUUAAACUCCUCACACACAAUCCUGCAGUAAAUGCACUCAGUAACUCUACCAGUUCUGUUCCUACAAUGAACCUUGUCACCCAUCCAGCCCAAAGUUCAGUAGCCAACUGUGCCCCUGUAGUGUCCAGCCCGAUCACCCUCACUGCUAUAUCUAAACCCACAGUUAAUAUUAUAGGGCCACCUGGCUCUGCUGUUGGUGUAGCCAAAUCAGCCACUGCUGUACCUGUCGUCUCUGCAGUCCCCCAGUCGCUGUCACCCAGGCCUGCAGUGGGCACUGCUCAGAGAAUAGUUGCACCACAAUUGAUUGUUAGACCGCCUCAGCAGACUACAAUCCAGUUGCCUCCAGGUUUUACUAUACCACCUGGUAUGGUCUUGGUGCGCACAGAAGCUGGACAGCUUGUAAUGGUACCUCAGCAGGUUUUAGCCCAGGCUCAAGUGCAAGCUCAAGUACAAACACAGGGGCAAGGUCCUGCCAGCAUCUCACCCAGGCUUUCAGUGCCCACAAGUGGUCCAGUUUUUCGUUUAACAACAACCCAGCAACCAACUUCUGUAGCCGCAUCUGCUGUCCACCUGGGACUUCCAGGGCAAGCCAAAGUUGUACAGUCGACUGCUACACCAGUUAGUGCUACAUCUACUGCAACCUUACAUGGAGGCUCCACUCUGUCACACACUACAGUAUCAAUAGCUACCACAAGUGCUCAGAGCUUAAUUAAAGCAACAGUAGCAACUGGAACCCCAGGAACUCAACAACCUACGGUAAUUUUUGGAGGACAAACUCAAACCCCAGCACAACCCCAAGGUCAGCCUCGAUUGCCACUUCCACCUCAUACGACAGCACAAGUACCAGCACAGCCCCAGGUCAUACCUAGCUCUCCUGUACCAGGGACUACCGUUGUAUCACAGGAAAUGCAAGAGAAUGUGAAGAAAUGCAAAAACUUUUUAGCUACCCUGAUAAAACUUGCUUCCCAUAAUUCACCUUCUCCAGAAACAUCCCAUAAUGUGAAAGCUCUGGUUCAGGAUUUGCUGGAUGCAAAGAUUGAUCCAGAAGAAUUUACAGGCUGCCUUCAGUCAGAGCUGAAAUCAUCUCCUCAGCCAUAUCUAGUACCUUUCCUGAAGAAAAGUCUGCCGGCAUUGAGACAAUCUUUAUUGAAUAGCCAACAUUCGGUUUUGCAAGGACAGCCAUCUCAGCAGCCGCUUCAACAAACCACGCUGUCACAAGUUAUACCUCAACCUGCCUCUGGAAGUAUUUCCUCUAAUGUCACAACUCAGACAGUAGGAAUAAGGCAACCAAACAGCAUUUGCACAUUUGUAUCAAAUACAGUUCAGCCUCCUCAGGUUAAACUAGUACAGUCAAAUCAGAGUUCUCAACUGCAAAUUAUCCAGUCAACAUCUGCUCAAACUGUGAAACGAAACCCUGCUUGCCAGACUACCCAGAUUAGGAUGCCAGUGGUAAUAACUCAGACCAUUAGACCACAAGGCACAGUAGGGAAGGCACCAACAAUACAAGCCAGCCAAAGUCCUGGGGGCUUUGGUGUUCAGGUCUCUGCAAAUCAGAAAAACAAGUUGAAUGACCCUGGAGGUGGAUCUUUCAGAGAUGACGAUGACAUCAAUGAUGUUGCCUCUAUGGCUGGAGUUAACCUUAAUGAAGAGAGUGCCCGAAUUAUGGCAACCAACUCCGACUUGGUUGGAACCCAGAUACAGUCUUGUAAAGAUGAACCCUUUCUUGCUGCUAUCCCUUUACAUAAACGAAUACUAGAAAUGGCUAAAAAAUUAGGAAUUACAGAUGUGCCCGCUGAGGUGGUUACCUUUAUUUCCCAUGCAACACAAAACAGAUUGAGAACAGUGAUAGAAAAAGUAACAAUGGUAACACAGCACCGAAUGGAAUCGCACAAAGACGAUGAAUGGUAUGAACAGGCUACAGAUGUUCGAUCACAGCUGAAGUUUUUUGAACAGUUGGAGCGUUUAGAAAAGCAAAGGAAAGAUGAACAAGAGAGGGAAAUUUUGUUAAAGGCAGCCAAGAGUCGCUCAAGGCAAGAAGACCCAGAGCAAGCUAGGCUGAAACAAAAAGCAAAGGAGAUGCAGCAACAAGAACUAGCACAGAUGAGGCAGAGGGAUGCCAACCUAACUGCAUUGGCAGCUAUCGGUCCACGGAAGAAACGGAAGCUUGAUUCAGCUGGCUUACUUACCAUAGGAGGAGAGGUUUUGGGCAUGACCAGUGGAAAUCAGGCUGGUUUUGGGGCUCCUUCAUCCAGACAGUAUGCGCGACAGAAAAUAACUCGAGUAAACCUCAGGGACUUCAUCUUUUACAUGGAACAGGAAAGAGAAACUAGCCAUUCUCUCCUGCUCUACAGAGCUUUGCUUAAAUAA